AUGCCUCCUAAGCGAAAGAACGCCGACACCGCGGUGGGUGACAAACAAUCUUCUGCAAAGAUUGCCAAAACGGCGACAACGACAGUGGCAGGAGGAGCAGCCAAGGAGAAGAAGAGCAAGCCCAAGCCAACCAAAAUCGAGAAGGCCAUCAAGGCGCAGGCAAAGGCCGCUGCAGCGGACCUGGAAGCCAAGGCAAGUCUUGAGGACGACGAGGACUUUGACAGGGAGCAGAUCGGACCUGCUGGUAUCGCAAAGCUUUGCGAAGACAUUGAUGUGUCUUUGGAAACGGUCGACAUGUUGGUUCUGGCUUACCACUUGAAUGCUGACACGAUGCCUAUUUUUACCAAGGAUGAGUGGGCUAAGGGCAUGAAGAAACUGGAGGUCGACUCGACCGAGAGGUUCAAGGCCAAGCUGCCAGAUCUCGUGGAAAAACUCAAGGAUCCCGCACACUUCAAGGAGUUUUACCGCUACAUUUUUAUGUUUGCCAAGGACUCUGAGCAAAAGUGCAUGCCAGUCGAUGUCAAAAAGCCAAUCAAGGUCAUCAACAAGGACCAAUGGUACAACUUUCUCGACUUUUCCGACACCAUCAGCGAGGACCUCUCGAACUAUGACGGUCUCAGCUCUGCCUGGCCUGUUCUCUUGGACGAGUAUGUUGAGUGGCGGAACGAGGAACUUGCAUAA